CGACCUGCUAAGCCCUUAAAUGCCUUCUUUUUCGAUCUGUUGGUCCCUUAAAAUUUGAACCUGGAAGCUUGUGAAAUCAAAAAAUGGACGAGGAGAACCCUGGAAAUAAAAUUAGUUUAACGUUAUUGAAUGGAACUGGCUAUGUUUUUGAGGUGGAGGAUUACAUGAAACUAAGAAGAGACCACCACAUAGUUGGCUCUUUGGUGGGGACCUGUGCAAGCCGGGGAUGGUCAGGCAGUGAAUGCACAAUGCCCGUCGAAUUAACACCCUGGGAGACAUGUCUAUUGGUGGAACAGGGCUUGGCGGUAUUGGUUUCAAAAAAGACUUCCCUAUUGCGAGAAGAAAAUGAACAGGAACGUAAACAUUACCAAGAGCAGUUGGAGCAACGAAUAUCGCAACAAGAGGAGGCAUUGAAAGAUGAAAAACUGAAACAGUCAGAGGGAAAUAUUGAGAAAAUUUUGGCGGGGAAACGGAAAAAGUUGCUGAAGCAAGGAGUUCCAGAAAAAGACAUAAAAUUGGAUCCCCAGGAAAUACUCAAUGAAAUCAGGCAAAGUAUCAAAUUUGAAAGAAAAAAUGCUUUACUGGACAUACCCUGUGCCCAUCCUGAACCUCAUGAUGCCUGCAUAGUAACAUUCCCGGACUCGGAUACCUCUCUAAAAUAUUUGGUAUUUCGUGAUCUUUGGUCACGUGGGAAAUAUGUAACAUGUGGUGAUGCUUUUGGGGCUGAUUUUCUUAUCUAUCCCGGUGAUCCGUUGCAAUAUCAUGCCUCACAUGUUGUUGUGCUCUUGGAAAAUGGUUCUAUGAAAGCUUUGGAACUGGUGGCCAAUGUUCGUCUAUCUGUGAUGGUUAACAAACUGUGCGUUGUGGCUUAUUUUGACAAUGAGGGAGAUAAGGAUGGAGGAGGGAAAGAUAGAAAGAUUGCAUACCAAACUAUUACCUGGAUGGGUGAUAAGGAUAAAGAACGCAGGCAAUUUGGAAAUAUCAAUGUGAAUACUUCAUAAUUAGACACAAUUUUAAAUGGAUACAUUGGGCUUCCUAAGAAGUAAAAUGAAAUAAAAAGAAAAAAGAACUCAACUGAUGAAAAGACAAGAUCAAAAAUCCUCGCAAAAGUGUGAGAGCGACUUCAAAGCAAAAAAAAAAAAAAAAAAGAUAAGAGGAAAACCUUAUUCGAUUCAAAAUACAAUGAAGGAAGAGAAACAAACCAGAAAGGAAAAACUUGCCUGGAUAAAUUUCAAUUUUAAAAAAUCGUUUGAUUGCAAUAUUUAUGAUGGGAUAUCCAUCAUUGAGAACAAAAUAGAAGCAGAUUUAAACUGAGAUUUCGGAUGAGACUUCCGAUAUAUAGACGUAUUACAAAGAAACCAAAUUUCAUUAAGCGUAAAGUUAACCUGAAAUAAAAAGAAAAAAAUCCAACUGGUCAAAUAAUUAUUCAAGAAAUGUAAAGUUAACCGGAUUGCUGCCGAAUUAGAAGACUAAAAAAGUAAAGUAAAAUGAAAUAAAAAGAAAAAAAAUACGAAUACAA